AAGUCACAAAAUUUGAAAUGGUGAAGCUUCUUCUUUUCGUCGCCAUCUCGUCUGCCACAGUAUUUGCUGCCUAUGAUGACCUCCCAAAGCCAGCUGAUCCAUAUGAGCCACCAGGUUAUGAGCCAGAGGCAUGCCCAGACAAGUACUCUAAAAUCAUUACUCAACUUCGUUCCGAUCUCGGAAAAGACGUCUCCAGCAUCAAGUUCACAAACCAGUUGGGGUCCCGAGUUCAGAAAGCAUUUGGAUCUGCUCACGAGAUUAUGAUGGGACCGAGUGCUCCAACUCUUAAAACUAACUUCAACGGAACUAUCUGCCAACAUGCAGGAGACGAUGGAUUCAACUACGUUGUCUACCCAUCCCCAGGAAAAUAUGACAUUAACAACGUCGCUGUAGAAGAAUACUUUGAGAAGUUCGCCGAGUUCGCUGCUCUUGGAAAGGGAGCCAAUAUCGCUGACCUUCCAAAGGAUCCACGUGCAGUGUAAACAACUUUUCAACAAGAUCUUUGACUAAAAGUCAAUGCUGAAAAUUUGCAAAACUGUUCAUCACUCCUUAUGUUUACAUUGAUGUCUAUCUUACCUGUAAAUAAAGUUUUCAUUGC